AUGGUACUGAUUAUUGUGAUUCCUCCCAUGGACCGGAGAGUACAUACUGUGAAGUGCUCAAAGCCUGAUCCUCUCCCUAUUCCACAUGAGCAGUACCAGCCCGGGGACCUCCUCUUGGGUGGGAUCUCUUCUCUGAUCACAUACUGCCUCCACUCCUUGUCUUUUGAAGAGCAUCCUUCAAAGAAACUGUUUGAGGUUCCAGAAAUUGUGACAAAAUUCUACCAACACAUCCUUGCUUUGGUCUUUGCCAUCAAUGAGAUCAAUGAGAAUCCCGAGAUCCUGCCUAAUGUCACUCUUGGGUCCCACAUCUAUGACAGCUAUUAUGAUGUGAAGAUGACCUAUCGUAUCACUCUGGACCUGCUGUUCAAAUCACAGAGGUUUGUCCCCAACUACAAAUGUGGCACAAGGAAAAACCUCAUAGCUGUCAUUGGGGGACUUGGGUCUGAGACUUCCUUCCGUAUUGCAGACAUCAUAAGUCUUUACAAGAUUCCACAGCUCACUUAUGGAUCAUUUGCCCCUGAAGAGAUGGAUGCAAGAAAACUUCCUUCCUUUUACCGCAUGGUUCCAAAUGAAGACCAUCAGUGUAUGGGGAUUGUCCAGUUGCUUCUCCACUUCAGAUGGACGUGGGUUGGGCUUCUUGCUGUGGAUGAUGAAAGCGGUGAACAUUUUGUGGAGGUCAUGGAGACCUUGCUAUCCCAGAACGAAAUCUGCUUGGCUUUCAUAGAAAGAGUUGACAAGCAAUUCUUUUGGAACACUUUGGAUGAUGUUAACGUUUUUGCCUCCAGUGCUUAUAAAGCAUUUGCAGAUUGCAACAGCAAGAUUCUUAUCUUCUAUGGAGAAUCCAUGGCCCUCAUAACAUUCAUCACAUAUUUGUUUUUAGGAGAUACUGGACAUAGGGAAAAUGCAGCCUUUAGAAGGGUGUGGAUCAUGACUGCACAGAUUGAUUUUGUAUUAUCAGGCCAUCAAAAGCCCUGGGAUUUGCAAUUCUUCCAAGGUGCCAUUUCUUUCACAAUUGACACGAACGAGGUUCAAGGCUUCUCUAAUUUUCUUCAGCAGAUGAAACCUGAUUGGAAAAAAGGAGAUGGUUUUCUUUGGGACUUUUGGGACCAAGCAUUUGACUGUACAGUUCCAAAUCCACUGGAUCCAUUGAAGGAUGAUGAAGCAUGCACUGGGGAGGAAAAGCUAGAGAGCCUUCCGGAGCCUUUCUUUGAAAUGCACAUGAGUGGCCACAGCUAUAGCAUUUACAAUGCCGUUUAUGCCAUAGCUCAUGCUCUGCAUGCUUUUCACUCACCUAGGUUCAGUCACAGAGCAAUGGCAGGUGGUAAAAGUUUUGAAUGUCAAGAUGUCCAGCCUUGGCAGGCGCUCCCCUUGUCUGUGUGCAAUGAUUUCUGCCCUCAGGGAUAUCGGAAGAAAAAGAAGGAAGGGGAGAAAUUUUGCUGCUAUGAAUGUGCUCCCUGCCCAGAGGGGAAGAUUUCAAACCGGAAAGACAUGGAUGAUUGCAUCAAAUGCCCAGAAGAUCACUAUCCAACCAAGAACCAAGAUGGAUGUGUCUCCAAAGUUUUAGUUUUCCUGUCAUUAGAAGAACCUUUAGGGAUAAGUUUGGCCUCAGUGGCUCUUUUAUUUUCCCUGGCCACAGUUUUGAUGCUACAAAUUUUCAUUAAACACAGACAUACCCCCUUAGUCAAAGCCAACAAUCGGGAUAUCACCUAUGCUCUCCUCUUCUCCAUUCUGCUCUGUUUCCUCAGUUCAUUGCUGUUCCUUGGACAACCUAGGAAGGAGACCUGCUUUCUCCGCCAAUCUACUUUUGGAAUCGUCUUCUCUGUGGCUGUUUCUUGUGUUUUGGCCAAAACAAUCACUGUGGUUGUAGCUUUCAUGGCCACCAAACCAGGGUCCAGUAUGAGGAAGUGGGUGGGGAAAAGACUGGCCAACUCAAUUGUCAGUUCCUGCUCCCUCAUUCAAGCAGCUAUCUGUACAGUUUGGCUAGGAAUCUGUCCUCCCUUCCCAGAUGUUGACAAGCAUUCACUAACUACAGAAAUUGUGGCAGAAUGUAAUGAAGGGUCUGCCACCAUGUUUUAUAUUGCCUUAGGCUACUUGGGAUUUCUGUCCCUCAUCAGCCUGAUUGUGGCUUUCCUUGCCAGGAAGUUGCCAGACAGUUUCAACGAGGCCAAGUUCAUCACCUUCAGCAUGCUGAUCUUUUGCAGUGUUUGGUUGUCUUUUGUUCCAACCUACCUGAGCACCAAAGGCAAAUACAUGGUCGCCGUGGAGAUCUUUUCCAUCUUGGCCUCCAGUGUUGGGUUGCUGGUUUGUAUCUUUUUCCCAAAAUGCUACAUUAUUGUCCUGAGGCCUGGACUGAACACAAAAGAAGAGAUAAUCAGGAGAAAGAAUUAA